AUGGCGGCGUGGCUUAACCCUCGACGCUUUCAGUCUGCCAGGAAAUGUUACUUGCAGUUAUCAUGUCAACAUCGUCAUCAACUGCAUACCUCCAAUUGCAAUGCACAAAAAAUGUACGAAUUGCGAACAUAUUCAAUACAACCUGCGGAAUUUGGAAAUUUUCUCAAAUUGACGCAAGAGCAAUUCCACUUGCGCACCGCCCAUUCCAAAUUACUUGGAUAUUGGACAAGCGAACUCGGUGGCUUAAAUCAAGUUGUCCAUAUCUGGGAAUACGAUACCUUCCAACAUAGAACAAAUGUCAGAAAGGCCUUAGCUGAUGAUCCGCAAUGGAUUAGUAACUAUAUUUCAAUCAUGAUGAAAAAAUUGGUUCAACAGGAUAAUGUUGUCAUGUUUCCUCUACCAUGGUAUCCUAUUCAAUCAUCCAAUCAACAAGGAGGUGUUUAUGAAUUGCAAAGUAUUUCAUCAUCCGCCAGUAAGUACUCAAAUUUGGAGACGAACGUAAAAAAAACGGUUUCCUCUCAGAAUAAUGAUUCCAGUAAAUUGAUUGGAAUCUGGAAGACAGAACAUGGACCUUUAGAUACAAUGUUCCUACUCUGGAGGUUUAAUGAUUUAGAUGAAAGACACAACAUCAAGAAAAACUCCAAGGAUAGCAUAGCAGAAUUAGGUGAUUAUUAUGAUGCGUUAAUAUAA